AUGACUACCGGGUCCUUACCAGCGCGUACCGUAUCAUUUGAUUUGAUGGAAUCGAGUUCAGAUGAUCAUCGUAACGAUCAUGGCGGAUUAUCCGAUCACAACGAUCAGAAUAAAAUUUCCCCUACAAGUACUUUACGACGCUCGAAUUCAUUCGAUUCUUUCACCGAUUUUUCUUCCGCAAAUUCUGAUCAUAAGUCAAAAGCACCGAGACCGCUAAAAUCGUACGCGACUUUGGCGAAUAUUCAAGGGUUAUCUGAUGCUGCCGAAAUUGCGCCGAGAGCCGCAAAACCAGUUUCCCCAAUUAAAACAUCAUUCGGCACGAAAACAAUUCAGGAAUUCCUUGUGUCCUCGGCGCUCAACGUAGCAAAUGCACCUAAGAUGCCCUCAGAUCCUGCUCAUCCGCCUUUAAAUCUGCAGUUGAUUAGUGCAAAUUUUGGAAAAUUUGUUCAAAAAUGCGGAUUUAUUUUUGCCAUUCAAGAUGCUGUUGAAGAUAUUAUAAUGUGGAAAAGCUCAUCAAAUACCCUAUUGGCCAUGGUGAUUUAUGUUUAUAUAUGUCUAUAUCCAAAACUUUUAUUUCUCAUUCCACCUGUCAUUCUACUCGCAAUUUUGAUUUAUUAUUACGAAAAGAGAUAUCCAAAUGGUCUGCCAACAAUGAAAAAUGGAAAACACGGGCGCAUGAGAUUUCGCAAAUCAAAGCAUUAUGAUCCAUACCUACCACCUGAGAACUCCGUAGAUUACCUUAAAAACAUGCAAAAUAUCCAAAAUCUGAUGGGCUUGAUUUCCGAAGGAUACGAUGCAGUCGUACCUUUGCUUAAGCACGUGGACUGGAGCAAUGAAUACGAGACAUUAAUAAUAACGCAGGCUGUUACCGUAUUAACGGUGGUACUUUGUUUAACUGUGUGGAUCGUUCCUUGGAGUUACAUAUUUAUUGCGGUUGGUCUAUGUGUGUUUAUAGCCAACACGCAAUUUAUGAAAGCCCUAAUGAAGGAAAUGAGUCCUUUUCUCCUUCAACAUGGAAAACUUAUAGUUGAGCGAUGCAAACAGUAUUUCAACACCUUGGAUGAUGAGCAGGAUGACGAUAAUGGUAGAAGAGAAGCCGAAGUAUCAAUUGAACACAAUUGGGUGGACGUUGGCAAAGAGUUUGAUGCGGGAACCGGAAGCAGCAGCAAUAGCGGUAGUUCAUCUAGAUUCUAG